GCAUGCAAUCUUUAUAUCCAUUUCCUGUAAUGUCCCACAAAUUUCUUCUUUAUUUGUCCCCAAUAAUGUGCAGACCUACAAUGAAAGUAUUUGUACCCAACCCUCAAGCUUCAACGUGAAGUAUGACACUGACACAACUGUAUAAAUAGGUACAUUAUUACAGGCUGGCAACAUGACACCGGCAUGGGUGUUCGUGCUUUGUGUGGUGGGUGAUGGGACAAUAGCCGCUCAUAUGACGAUGAGCCCCACUAGCUAUUUAUAGAUAUUGUCCACAACUACGUCUAGCUGUUGUCGGCUGGAGUGUAUCUGUGCGUGUGCAAGUGUUUUCAGACAGCUCCAAAGAUGUGGAAGAGGGAAAAAAUGUGGAUGAUUAAGCCACCUACUGAGCACCCAAAGGAGUCGAAAUACAGGCCUGUGCUGGAGAGUUUACUCCCCCGUGACCCUAUGAGCAGGUUCAAUCUGAAGAGAAGUUCCCCUAAAGAUGAGUUCCCAAACCUGGACAGAAACCGCACCCUCAUGGGCCGUAUCCUCAACCUGCACAUGUACACGCGACAGUUCAACCGGGCAACUGAAAGUGGGGUCCUUUUUGAUGAUAUCAUACGCCCUGGACUUGAGGAUCCGGGGCAGUCCAUAGGACCAAAAGCAGUCGGCUGUUUAGCAGGAGAUGCUCAAUCAUAUAUCCUGUUCUGUGACUUUUUUGACCGUAUUAUCGAGUCUUACCACGGCUACAAGGUCACCAGUGACACUGUACAAGAGAGCGACUUCAAUUAUGACAACCUGAAGGGUGGUGAUGACUUUGACCAUGCAUAUGCAUUGAGUUGUGAGGUGACUGCAUGCCGCAGCAUAGAGGAUUACUGCUUCCCUACACACUGCAGCAGAGGGGAGCGCAGACAGCUCCUCACACUGACCAAAACAGCUUUGGAGCAGUUGGCUGAGGAUCUGCCAGGAAAGCUUUACUCCAUAGAUGAACUCAGCCAUGAGAGUGAAGACCGCAGGGUCGUGAUGGACUCUCCACCAUCUUCUUUGAUAAAGAUCGGUGUGGCUCGUGACUGGCCUGAUGCGAGGGCCCUGUGGUUGAGUAUGGACGGGACCCUGGCUGUCUGGGUUAACAUGGAGGACCAUCUGAAACUAGUGUCUUAUAGAAGUGAUGCUUGCUUACAAGAAGCAUUUAAAACUAUCUGCAUCAAUGUGCUCAAGAUGGAGACACUAUAUAAGAAACUGAGACAUCCAUUUAUCUGGAAGCCUCACCUGGGCUGGGUGGUCAGCUCACCUGCAGAGAUAGGCACAGGCCUGAAGGCAAGUGUCACAGUGAAACUGCUACAUCUCGCUGAGAACAAACUCAUGGAUGACAUCCUGGACAGACUACGACUUGAGAUGGAAGAAACAAGCUGUCCAGGCAUCUACAAAAUCAGCAACCUGCAGACAAUUGGAUUGAAUGAAGUCGGGCUGACCCAGUUAGUGGUGGAUGGGGUCAAACUUCUCAUCCGAAUGGAGAAAAGACUGAAAAACAAUGGUGGCAUUGAUGACCUGGUACCUGCUCAGAAAUGAAGUAGCCAUCAGGAGGCUUUUUGUUUUAGGAGAACUGAAGUACCAUCGCUCUGGAGACAAGUCUGCUGUUCUCAUCAACAUUAUGACGAAAAAGGGAUUUUGCAACACUUUUUGCUUGUAAAAUAUUUUUUAAGUGGUUUAUUCACCUAUGCCUUCUAUCAUUAUUAUUAGGGCGAAUCUCACGAAGAAACACCCUGGUAAUAUUUCAUCCUAUUCUACACAAAGAAAAUGAAGCCUAUUUUAGGUCCACUAUAUGAACUUUUCACUAAGCCAUUACACCCUCACAUGUUUUCAUGAAAAAUGGUAAUUGAUUUCUUUCUUUCUUUUGGUUUUGGCCUGAAAUACAAGAAGUGCAUUUCUUUGAAAUGGUAAUGAAAUUCGCCCUACACAUAGCAUUUUUGUUGUGAGGGAUUUCACAGUGAGGGAUA